CGGUGGAUUCGAACAGGAAGUAAUCGAAAAAUAAACCAUCAUAAGCUGUUCUCAACAGAAGUGGAGUUUAACAAAAAUGAAAGUGGUUAACCAGUGCCUGUGUGAGUGUUCAUCAUAAAUGAUUUUUGCAGUGUGUCAUCGCAGUAAAGAAAAUGGAAGUAUUUGGGAAAAGGGCAAGUAAAUUCCCAGCAAUAUCAGUUCUUCAAGGUUCUGACGAUGAUGCUCAGUGUAACUGUAUACCAUGUGAACAAAAAGGCCACUGGGUACCAGCUUAUGGUUACUGCCAGAACUGUGCCGAGUACCUCUGUAAAUCAUGCUAUAAAAGCCACAGAAAACCUGCCCCUUGCAGAACCCAUGUCCUUCUGGAUAGUUCAAAAAUGCCAAAAUCUCAGAAGUAUCAAAGGUCCCUUUCAGUUGCACAUGACCUAGUUGAACCCUGUUCAAAACAUCAAGGGGAAAUCAUAAAGUAUUACUGCCAUGACCAUGCCUUCCUUGGAUGCAGUCCAUGUAUUACAAUCAAUCACAGAGCGUGCAAGGUAGACUACAUACCAGAUAUUUCAGAAAACUUUGUUGCCUAUAAAGAAUAUGCCAAUCUUCUUCAUUCUUUGAAAACCCUAUUUAACAGCUGUAAGGAAAUUGCAGUAACAACCAAAGAAAACAAAAGGGAGAUAAAGAAAUGCCAGAAUGCUGUAAGGGAACAAAUUGGAAGCUUCAAACAACACAUCAAUCAUACUUUGGACAAAUGGGAGAUGGAGCUCAAUCAAGAAAUUGAGCAGACCUUUGGUAAAGAGAGCACAAAAGUUGAAUCUGUAGAAACGGAGUGCAAUGAAGUAUCAACUGAAGUUCAAAAGAUGCAGAAUGAUAUUGAAACAUUACAUAAAACAAGCAAAUUAAAUGAGCUGUUUGUCAAAGUAAAGAAAAAUGAAAAUAAUCUGAAAAAAUACGCAGGACUCAUUGACCAAAUGCAAGAAAAGAACACAGUUUCUGAUGUCACAUUUGAACCUAAUUUGGCUAUAGAAAGAAUGCUGUUGGAAGAAACCAGCUUAGGACAGCUUAUACUACAGCUAGAUGUCGGUAGUGAGUGUCUUUCUAAAUCAGCAAAAGAAGAACCAUACAAACAUAAAGAACCAGCCACGGAAAGAAAACAUGAAAGUCUCGAUAGACAGGCAGGAGGCCAAAAUACCAACACCAAAAAAGUUUCUGACAAAGAAUCUAUCAGCCAAAAGCAACAAACCAUCAUGACAGAGGUUAAAGGUCAAAAGAACAGUAGAGCAAAUGUUGAUGACAACAUUACAGCUACCCAAUCUGGCAAAAUAAAAAGAUAUGCAGAACUCGUUGAUCAAAUGCAAGAAAAGAACACAGUUUCUGAUGUCACAUUUGAACCUAAUUUGGCUAAAGAAAGAAUGCUGUUGGAAGACACCAGCUUAGGGCAGCUUAUACAACAGCAAUAUGGUGGUGGUAGGUGUCUUUCUACCACAGCAAAAGAACAACCAUACAAACAUCUUAAAGAACCAGUCACGGAAAGAAAACAUGAAAAUCUCGAUAGACAGGCAGACGGUCAAAAUACCAACACAAAAAAGGUUUCUGACAAACAAUGUGUCAGCCAAAAGCAACAAACCGUCAUGACAGAGGUUAAAGGUCAAAAGAACAGGGGAGCAGAUGUGUAUGAAAACAUUACCGCCACCCAAUCUAGCAAAAUAAAUAUAAAGACAGAACAAGAUAGUAAGGACUGCUACAUCAGAGGAAUGACCAUCAUUUCCAAAGACAGACUUGCAAUAGCUGACAAUGGAAACAGUUCCAUUAAAAUAGUUGAUACAAAACAAUCUAGAAUUUUAUCUGACAUGAAACUGAAUUCUCCUCCAUGGGAUGUGGUACUGUUGCCAGCAGAUGAACUGGCAGUAACAAUUCCUUGGAACUAUAUGAUCCAAGUAUUAUCAAUAUCAGAUCAGUUGUCUACUAAAAGACAAAUCAAAGUUAAAGGCAACUGUUAUGGACUUUCAUACUUCAAUCAAAACUUUGUAGUUACAUUUAGCUUCCCAGCAAAAGUUGAGAUCUUGACAGUGCAAGGUGACAUUCUAAUGACAUUAAUGAAUGAUCAAAGUUUUCAACUGCUCAACCAUGUUGCUGUAGAUGACAGCAAAAAUCUUAUCUAUGUCUCUGAUUCUUACUAUUCUUCUAACAGAAUAGCUUGUCUAAGUUUGAAUGGAGAGGUUACAGGUAUAUAUGAAGACAGUAAACUAUAUUCUCCGCGUGGCCUUGCUGUUCUAGAAGAUGGAUCACUACUUGUUGCUUCUGAAAGCUCAAAAAUAUGCCUGGUUUCAUCAGACUUCAUAACCAGCCGAUUCUUGCAGAAAACUGUUGGUCUCAACAGACCAGAGAGUGUAGCACUUGAUAGGGAACAGAAGAAAUUAUAUGUUAGUUCUUGGAACAAUAAUUUUUUAUUGAUAUGUAAGUUGAAAUGGUAGCAGUUGUGUAAGUGCUACAGAACUAUAUCAGACUAUCUUCUUAUGGCUGAAUAGUAUAUGAGAUACUUAUGUAAACAACUUAAAGCAAUAACCAGAAUUUGCUGAUAUUUAUCAACAAGAGGGCCAAGAUGGCCCUAUAUCGCUCACCAGAGUUGAUCUGCCUACUGACCUAGUUUUUGACCCCACAUGAGCCAGUUUCGAAUUUACCCUAGAGAUCAUCAGGACAAACAUUCUGACCAAGUUCCAUAAAGAUUGAGUCACAACUGUUGCCUUUAGAGUGUUCACAAGCUUUUCCUUUGAUUUUACCAUGUGAACUAGUUUUUGACCCUAAAUGACCCAGAUUAAAACUUGACCUAGAAAUCAUCAAGACAAACAUUCUGACUAAGUUUCAUAAAGAUUGAGACACAACUGUGGCCUAUAGAGUGUUCACAGGCUUUUCCUUUGAUCUGGCCUACUAGCCUACUUUUUGACCCCGCAUGACCCAGUUUCAAAAUUCACCUAGAGAUCAUCAAGGCAAACAUUCUGACAAAGUUUCAUAAAUAUUGGAUCACAACUGUGACCUGUAGAGUGUUCACAAGCUUUUCCUUUGAUCUUGCAUACUGACCUAGUUUUUUAAAAAUCAUUAUGACAAACAUUCUGACCAAAUUUCAUACAGAUUGAGUCACAACAUUGGCCUCUAGAGUGUUCACAAGCUUUUCGUUUGAACUGGCCUACUGACCUAGUUUUUUAUCCCACAUGAUCCAGACUCGAACUUGGCCUAGAGGUCAUCAAGACAAACAUUCUGACCAAAUUUCAUAAAGAUUGGGUCACAACUGUGGCCUCUAGUGGCCUCUAGCGUGUUCACAAGCUUUUCCUUUGAUUUGACCGGAUGACCUAGUUUUUGACCCCACAUAACCCAGAUUCGAACUUGACCUAUAGAUAAUCAAGACAAACAUUCUGACUAAUUCUAAUGAGUUACAAACUUAAAUUGUGGUCUCUAGAAUGUUGACAAGAGUUUCCUUUGAUCUGGCCUAGUUACCAAGUUUUUAACCCCACAUGACCCAGUUUCAAAUUUGACCUAGAAAUCAUUACAAGAAACAUUCUGACAAAGUUUCUUAAAGAUUGAGUCACAACUGUGGCCUCUAAAGUGUUCACAAGCUUUUCCUUUGAUUUGACCGGGUGACCUAGUUUUUGACCCCACAUAACCCGGAUUCGAACUUCAACUAGAAAUCAUCAAGACAAACAUUCUCACUAAGUUUCAUAAAUAUUGGGCUACAACUGUGGCCUUUAGAAUGUUCACAAGCUUUUCCUUUGAUCUGGCCUACUUACCUAGUUUUUGACCCAACAAGACCCAGUUUUGACCUAGAGAUCAUCAAGACUAACAUUCUGACCAUGUUUCAUAAAGAUUGGAUCACAAAUGUGGCCUCUAGAGUGUUCACAAUCUUUUCCUUUGAUCUGGCCUUCUGACCUAGUUUUUGACCAGAUUGGGUCACAAAUGUGGCCUCUAGAGUGUUCACAAGGCAAAUGUUGACGGACGACACACGACGGACGCCGACGGACGCCGGACAAUGACCGGUAUAAAUAGCUCACCUUGAGCACUUCGUGCUCUGGUGAGCUAAAAAUAAUUGUACAGAAUCAUGGUCUAGUUUUUGCGCUUCUUUUCACAAUUUCGCUACAAACAAAUGCUGCAUCUGCAAGUGGUGUCAAGAUAUAGACAGGAAGACAAAGCAGUACCACAGUAGAGUCUUAAACUCAAGCAUUCCGACUCGUUGUUUCAGUGUUGAGAUUGACUAAUGGCAUCACUGCAUCAUGAUACUGGUCUUCAUAGAACUGUUCGAUCUACCAAAUCUGUAACAGGGUUUUAAGUGCAUUGGAGCUUUAAUUUCUCAAGAUAUAUAUCAAUUACCAUAGUUAGUAGUAUGAUACUUUUCAAUUUUUAAAAUUUGUUCAAAACAUAAAAUAUAUGGCCAAAAAGUAUUUUUCCUCUUGUAAAAUUCUGUGCAGUGACAACUUUUUACCCAUGCAAUUUUAGAAAAUAUUACAUAAAAAUGCUAGGAUGAAAAGAAAAGGGAGUAACUGUAAAAUAUCCUGAAAGGAAAAGGGAAGUAACUUAGAUAUUCUGGAAGUUUUAUAAUUGAAAUUCUGUUAACAUUUGUUGUCCAAAAUGGCUGAAAAUUAUAAAAUAAAUUACCUGAUCAAAAUCUUUUUUUUAAACUAAUCAAGACAUUUUAAACAAGAAAUAUCUUUAAAAAUGAUGGUCGGCGAAUUGUAAUAAGGAAAGAAGUUUAUGAAUUUUUCAUCUAACAUUCAUCUUUCAUCUAACAUUUUCCAAAUUGCAAAACUAAACACCGCACUUUAACAAUUUAAAUGGUUCUCUUUAAAAUUUUUGCAAAAGUUUCGUAUGGUUGCAAUUUUGUUUCGUUUAUCCUUAGACGAAUAAUUACAGCAGUAGUUUGAUGAAGAUUCAUGAAGCGGUUCAUGAGAAGAGGUCAUUAAACGUGUUAAUAUUUUUAGCUAAAUUGGUCCCUAUCCCCAUUUGUAACAAAAUAGCAGGAGAUCUUACGAUAUUGUUACACAUCGAGUUUGAUAAAAAAUCCAUUACAUUUUAGUGGUUAAUGCGAAGAAAGGCAUAUCUACUUUUAGCUAUAGUGGUCCCUAAUAGGGCCCAAGUUCCUAUAUAAAUAAAUUUGGAAGAGGACCUUAUAAUGAUGCUCCAGACCAAGUAUGACAAAGAUCCACCAAGCUGUUCAUGAGACGCUGUAUAAAGACUUUUCUAGUUUUAGCUCUAGCAGCCCCUAAAAGGGGUUAAAUGUCCCAGCUGAACAAAAUUGGCUGCGGGCCUAAUUAAGAUGCUACAAAUCAAGUUUGAUUAGAAUACAUGAGAAAAAUCAAUUAAAGGAUUUUUUUAUUUAUUAUUUUUAUUUAUUUCUAAAAUAGGCCAACUGAUCCCGCUUUAACAAAUGCAUAUUCGCUAUUCAUGAAUCUUUGGACAAUGACGUCACACCUAUAAAAAAGUGAAGGUCAAGCAAAACAUACAAUUGUAAUUAUUUCAAUAUUUCUGUUUCAUAAGCAAAGUUUGUCCGUAGUCAUAUCACAUAGAUAAACUGUAUGCAGCGUACCUUCAUUUCAGUGUAAUGAAAUUCAGUCAUUAUAUAGCAUAUAUAUUAUAAAACAGAUUUCAACUGAGUUCAAUAUUUGCAUACCAUACUAAAGAAAAAUAUUCAUAUAUGAUAAAUC